AUGUCUGUUCCCCAACCGAACCCGGCGUUGGCUGCUGAACACCAUCGGGAACACCAGGAAGAAGCCUCGGCAGCACCAGCAACUAGCGGCGAGAAAAUAGCUCUCCACAAAAUUGACGCUACUUUGACUCGCACAUCUAGUAUAUUCGCUGAUAGCAGCAUCGAACAAGAUGAGGGGCAAAAGCCUGGUGUUCAGAAGCGCAAAUGGUAUCGAAAGUUGAACCCGCUGCGACUGCGCAAAGUCCCUUCCGUCCCGGAGGAACGAACUGUAUGUCCUGAAUAUGGGGCCAAUAUCCUAAGUGUUAUUUUGUUCCAAUGGAUGUCUCCGCUGAUGAACACUGGCUACCUUCGGCCUCUCCAACUUCAAGACAUCUGGAUAGUGAAUCCCAAUCGAUCUGUUUAUCCCCUCAAAACAAAACUGAUCGAGUGCUUCGAAUGGCGUCAUAAAAAAGGCGGAAAGUAUCCGCUGCUGUUCGCCAUUUACGAUACAUUUUUGUUUGAAUUUUGGCUCGGUGGCGUGUGCCAGCUAUUCAGUGCUCUCUUCAUGGUCUUCUCGCCUUAUAUGACACGCUACUUAAUUGCCUAUGCUACAGAGGCAUACACCGCCAAAGCGAAGCAUCAGCCGGAACCCAAUGUCUCGCACGGAAUCGGAUUCGCUAUUGGCAUAACCGUCAUGCAGAUAUGUCAAAGUCUAUGCACCAAUCAGUUCAUCUAUCGAGGUUUUCUAGUUGGUGCACAGUUAAGGGCAGUGCUGAUCAAUGUGAUCUUUGAUAAAACAAUGAAAAUUUCAAAUCGAGCCCGAGCCGGUGGUAGUCUUACGGAAGCUGUUCGGCAUGAGGGUGGUCUCAAGACCUUUGAGGGUAGCAUAAGCGGACAAGGCUGGAGUAACGGGCGAAUCAUCACCCUGAUGAGUGUUGACGCAGACCGAAUUAACACUGCAAUGGGCAUGUUCCAUCUCAUGUGGUCGUCUCCAGUGAUUAUCAUCCUCGCUAUCAUCCUUCUCUGCAUCAACAUUGGCUAUAGUGCUCUAUCCGGAUUUGCAUUGCUACUUCUCGGAAUUCCAUCGCUAACUAUAGCUAUCAAGAGUCUUUUGAAAAGGAGAAACUCUAUCAAUAAUCUCACUGAUCAACGUGUUUCGUUGACCCAGGAGAUCCUACAAUCUGUCAGGUUCGUCAAGUUCUUUGGAUGGGAAAGUAGCUUCAUGGAGAGAUUAAGAGAUAUUCGCCGCCGAGAGAUCCGUGCAGUACAAAUUCUUCUAGCAAUUCGGAAUGCUAUUCUCUGUGUCUCACUGGCAAUGCCGACAUUCGCAUCAAUGGUCUCUUUCAUUACAUAUUCCCUAUCUCAGCAUGUGCUCACCCCGGCACCGAUAUUUUCUUCAUUGGCCCUUUUCAACUCUUUACGAAUGCCAUUGAUGUUAUUUCCCCAGGUCUUGGGUCAAGUCACGGAUGCAUGGACUGGUCUAAAGCGUAUUCAAGAAUUUUUGCUCGAGGAAGAAGUUACAGAGGACAUCGAGUGGGAUGACAACAUGGAAGAUGCUAUUCAAUUAGAAGGUGCUUCAUUUACCUGGGAGCGCACUCCUCCUGACGAACUGGAGCAGAGGGUGGGAAAGUCUAAGAAAGAUGGCGGAAAGAAAGAUGUUCUCGUUGAGACACCAGAAACCCCUGAAGACGUCAUCCCCUUCAAAAUAUCAGGCUUGGAUUUGUCUGUAAAGCGAAACGAGCUUGUCGCAGUUAUUGGAACAGUUGGUUCUGGAAAGACAUCACUGCUUGCCGCUCUAGCGGGCGAUAUGCGACUGACUGAAGGGUCGAUACGACUCGGCGCGUCUAGAGCGUACUGUCCCCAGUAUGCCUGGAUUCAGAAUGCCACCGUUCGAGAAAAUAUCAGUUUCGGCAAACCAUACGACGAAACUUGGUAUAACACGGUUGUUGACGCAUGCGCUCUGCGUCCCGAUUUUGAUGUUUUCCCCAAUGGAGACAGUACAGAGAUAGGAGAACGCGGAAUCACUGUUUCUGGCGGGCAGAAGCAACGUCUCAAUAUUGCACGCGCAAUCUACUUCGAUUCAGAUAUUAUCUUGAUGGAUGACCCUCUAUCGGCAGUAGAUGCGCACGUCGGCCGCCACAUUAUGGACCAAGCUAUAUGUGGCUUGCUAAAGGAUAAAUGCCGUAUCCUUGCAACUCAUCAGCUUCAUGUGCUUAGCCGUUGUGAUCGUAUCGUGGUCAUGGACGACGGCCACAUCAAUGCUGUUGACACAUUUGACAAUUUGAUGCGUGGCAAUGUGCUCUUCCAGAGAUUAAUGUCUACCACUACACAAGACCAAGAACACGACAAGGUGAACGACCACGCCGAGGAAGAAACAGACAAGAUCGACAAGGAAGAAGUAGCGCCGGCCAAGAAGGCUAAAUGUGGGAGGCAAACAACAUUGAUGCAACAAGAAGACCGAGCCACUACUACCGUUGGAUGGGAUGUAUGGAAAGCGUAUAUGAUGGCAUCUGGACACAUCCUAUUUCCGAUUUUUGUCGUGUUGACGAUCAUCCUUACAAACGCUUCAAAUAUCAUGACAAGCUUCUGGUUGACGUACUGGACGUCUGGGAAGUACAAUUUGACUACAGGCCAAUACAUAGCUGGCUACGCCUCGCUUGCAGCACUGCAAGCAAUUAUCAUGUUCGUAUACUCCACGGUACUCAGUGUUGCAGGGACCAAUGCUAGUAAAAACAUGCUACAGAAAGCCGUGACGAGGGUGCUGAGAGCACCGAUGUCAUUCUUUGACACCACACCUCUAGGUCGGAUAACGAAUCGAUUCUCAAAGGAUGUUCAUGUUAUGGACAACGAGCUCGGCGAUGCAAUGCGCAUUUAUGGUCUCAAUAUUACUAUGAUCACAGCAAUUAUCAUUCUGAUCAUUGUUUAUUUUCACUACUUCGCCAUUGCAUUUGGACCUUUAUUGAUAUUGUUCCUCGUUGCAGCCAACUACUACCGUGCAUCAGCACGGGACAUGAAACGAUUCGAAUCCGUUUUACGAUCUCACGUCUUUUCUCGAUUCAGCGAGUCCAUUUCCGGAGUUGCCAGUAUCCGUGCCUAUGGCUUACAGGAUCAUUUCAGUCGCAGUAUUAGCGAUGCAAUUGAUGAAAUGGAUGGCGCAUACUUUCUCACAUUUUCUAAUCAACGUUGGCUCAGUGUCCGACUUGAUGCUGUCGGAUAUGUCAUGGUCUUCGUGACUGGUAUUCUAGUAGUGACAUCUCGAUUCAAUGUCUCACCCAGCAUCUCAGGUCUGGUGCUAUCUUAUAUUCUCGCAAUCGUGCAGAUGUUGCAGUUUACCAUUCGUCAACUGGCUGAGGUCGAGAAUAGUAUGAACGCCACAGAAAGACUGCACUAUUACGGGACACAACUUGAAGAAGAGGCACCCGUACACUUUGGCGAAGUUGAACCUGAGUGGCCUACGCAGGGCAGAAUCACAUUCUCGGAUGUCCAAAUGCGCUACCGCGCCGGUCUCCCUUUGGUUCUCCGCGGCUUAAAUAUGGAUAUUCGCGGCGGCGAGCGAAUUGGUAUCGUUGGACGUACAGGAGCUGGAAAGUCUAGUAUCAUGUCAGCGCUAUUCCGAAUUACUGAACUAUCCGGUGGCAGGAUCACAAUUGAUGGAAAGGACAUUGCCAAAAUUGGUCUACAGGAUCUCCGUUCGCGUCUGGCUAUUAUCCCGCAAGAUCCGACUUUGUUCCGAGGAACGGUACGAUCAAAUCUGGACCCAUUCAAUGAACAUAACGAUCUAGAAUUAUGGGACGCAUUGCGAAAAGCCCAUCUGAUCGGCGAGAAACCAGAGGGAGGAAGCGAUUCCGACGAGACCGACGAAGAAAAGAAGCAAACAGUAAAGAGUCAACAGCAACAGCAACAGCAACAACAAACCCAAAAUACAAACCGCAUCCAACUCGACACUACCGUUGACGAGGAAGGUCUAAACUUCUCCCUAGGCCAACGUCAACUCAUGGCGCUCGCACGCGCUCUAGUCCGCAACUCACGCAUCAUAAUCUGCGACGAAGCCACUUCGUCUGUCGAUUUUGAGACUGAUCGCAAAAUUCAACGGACCAUGGCAACAGGGUUCAAGGGUAAGACAUUGCUGUGUAUUGCUCAUCGGCUACGGACAAUUAUUACGUACGAUCGGAUCUGUGUGAUGGAUCAGGGCCAGAUUGCGGAGUUGGAUACGCCCCUGAAUUUGUGGAAGAGGCAGGAUGGGAUUUUCAGGAGUAUGUGUGAUCGUAGUGGGAUUGUGAGGGAGAAUUUUUUCGUGGUUGAUGUAUAG